AUGGGGUUGCUCAGUAAGAGACCUUACUUGUUGGUUGUGUCCUUUCUCGUUGGGAUUCUCUGUUGGUGCUCUAGUUUCCACCAUGCGGGCGUGCAAGCAAGGGAAGGUGCGUUCAAGAGUGGAGUAGAGAGAAGGGAGCUGGCUGGUGGUGCUGCAAUAGAUGUAAGUAAGGUUGAUAGGGGGAGAUACUAUACUGACGGCAGAGGUUAUGGUGGCAGAAAUGCAGUUGGUGGUCGGGGUGGUGGAGAGGGAGGUGGUGGUGGUUAUGGGGGUGGGGAAGGGGUAGGCCGUGGGGAGGGCUAUGGAUGGGGCGGUGGAGGAGGCUAUGGUUAUGGUAGUGGUAGUGACGGCAGUGGUGGCGGUGGUGGUGGCGGCGGCGGCGGCGGCGGCGGCGGAGGUGAUGGUGGUCGAGGUGGAGGAGGUGCAGGGAGAGGUGGCGGAUAUGGUUAUGGUAGAGGUGGCGGUGGAGGAUAUGGUUAUGGUGGCAGUGGUGGUGGUGGUGGUGGCGGUGGAGGAGGAGGUGGUGGGGGCGGCUCGGGUUACGGAUCUGGUUAUGGAUCUGGAUAUGGGAGUGGGAGUGGAUUUGGAUCAGGAGGUGGUGGUGGUUCUGGUUAUGGAUCGGGAGGUGGAGACGGAGACGGAAGUGAGGACAGCGGAAGUGGAUAUGGCUCCGGCUCUGGCUACGGUUCAGGGUAUGGUGGCGGAGGAAGAUAUGGCGAAGGUGGUGGUGGCGGCGGAGGUGGCGGAGGAAGAUAUGGCGAAGGUGGUGGUGGCGGCGGAGGUGGCGGUUCAGGUUAUGGAUCUGGUUUGGGCUCCGGUCGUGAGGGCAGUGGAAGUGGGUACGGCGAGGGAUACGGGUCAGGUUAUGGAAGUGGAGGUUAUCGACGUCAGGCAGUCAAGAACUAAGCAGUUGGAGCUCAUUUCUUACUGCAUGUUAGACAUAAGAUUUAAAGAGAAAGAAUAAAAAAAAGAGGAAAAAAUAUUAUAGAUUGUCCCUUGUAUUGCCUUGUAGUUAUGGCAUAUAUAUUGGGGUAUGAAUGGAUGCUUUCCUCAACUGCUUGUUUACAUUACACUCAUAUAAGAAUACAAAUCCUUGUUCCAAUUAGAUGAUGAAAUAAGUAAUGCAUUGUUCUUGGUUUUCUUUCUAA